AUGGCUCUCCUGCUCCCUCUAUUGGUCGCCAUGGUGGUGUGCAGCUAUGGCUCUGUUAGCUCUCUGGGCUGUGACCUGCCCCACAACUCUGUCAUGCUUACCAGAAGGACCUUAGACCUCCUGGACCAAAUGAGGAGGGUCUCCCCUUUCCUGUGUCUGAAGGACAGAAGGGACUUCCGACUCCCCCGGAAGAUGGUGGAUGGUGUCCAGUUGCAGAAGGCCCAGGCCAUGUCUGUCUCCCAGCUGGUGCUCCAGCAGACCCUCCAGCUCUUCUCCACAGACCACGCCUCUGCUGCCUGGGAUGAGACCCUCCUGCUCCAGCUCCGCAGUGAGCUGCUUCAGCACGUGGAGGCCCUGCAGCCAUGUUUAGUGCAGGCGACGGGAGGGGACAGUUCUGCUGAGGACCCAAGCCUGGCCUUGAGGAGAUACUUCAGGAGAAUUCAUCUCUACCUGAAAGAGAAGAAGUACAGCGACUGUGCCUGGGAAAUCGUCAGAUCAGAAAUCAUGAGAGCCUUCUCCUGA